UAAAACAGAUUGGGAACAGUUCGCCUAGGCUAGGCUUCCCUGAAUACAUAAUUCAUUCUUUUGUUAUUGCAUAGUUCUUAGCUCGUUGUUUGCUCACUAUCAAGACGCCAUUUACUGUUUAAGUAAGUGGCUAUCAAGGUCACGUGUUUUAUUUACAUAUUACCGUUCAGAGAGGUGGCACAGUAAGUGUAUGGAAGGAUCACAUAGAAUACUGCUGAAUAGAAGGUAUUUUACAGUGCUUUGAUCGGGUUUGAUUGACAAGUAAUCACCAAUACCACCUUCGCUCAGAAGAUGGAGGUUCCGGAAGGGCCUGAUGAUUUUGAAGGAAUCCCAAACAUACCGAAAGUGUUUGGCGAUGCAACGCAGGCUGUUAAGGUAUUCUCAGAAUACAAUAGACUCGCAUUCUCAGAUGAGUUUCAGCAAAUCUUUAAUGAAAGGAUGGAUUUCACUAAGCCAGACGUCCUAGAGAAAUUACAGAGUGUCUGGCUACAGGCAAGCUAUAAAGCACUGGAUAACACUGGCUUUGGUCAUCUGAAGGAUAUGCUAGGACCAGGGAAGAUACCAGACCUCCUUAAACUGAUGUUCAUGGCAUACAAUGAUUGUCCAGAGGUGAUUAAAUUAGGGGCGUUUGUACGGGGUCCUUAUGCCCAGGCACCCCCUCCUAAUGUGGUCACUGUUGGAAGUAGCCUGCCGGAGCUCAAUUUGAUCUCCCUGGCCGGCGAGACUGUAGGACUUUCUGAUCUUCAUAUCAACAAGGAUAGACCGAUGAUGGUUAUGGCUUCAUCAGCCUCCUGACCUCCGCUAAGGGCCUGUGUAGUAGGUGGUACGCUUGCAGAUAUUGUUCGUGACUACCGAAACCAGGUCGAUUUCUUGGCCGUCUACCUUGCUGAAGCUCAUGCAGGGGAAACAUGGCCUCUAGGAAGUAACACCAGCUACAUGAAGGAACAUAAGUCGCUUCAAGAAAGAAUGUCUGCAGCAAGAGAUCUUCUGAAGAUAGAUACAGAAACACAUGGAUGCAUGACUGAUGACGUCACUGAUGUGUCAAAGUUCCGUCUCGUCGUUGACCAAAUGGACAACCUCUUCUCUAGGAUGUUCAAAGCGUUCCCAGAUCGAGUGAUAUUCAUCCGCGAAGGGAAGAUUGUGUAUUUUGGUAAAAACAUCUUGGGACAAAUGCAGGACCCUUCAAGAUUGAUGACACACGAGGCACGUGAAUGGUUGGAAGAAAAUGUUGGUCCUGCCUUGACGCAAUAGGCCAAGUUUGAUUU